AACGGAGAUAGCGAAUCGCAAGAGUUUUUGCGGCAACUUGUGCCAUGAUGAUCAUACUGGUGCACCCGUAUGAUACUGCACCAUGUUUCUCACUUAGCUGGAGCACUUGAGAGUGUUGCUUACUAGGUUUGGUGCUCGUGUCAACUGGAGAUCUCACUACUAUAGCGCCAUCACAUUAACUUGGAAAAGAGAAAUUUGUCUGAGGGCGUCGAGAUUUCCCCUCCAGGCAACGCGUUGUUUUCUCGUGGUCCAGGCAAGCCAUUGUUGUCUCAUCCCGUUCUCGAGUACCGAGCGCUCUCCCAAGUUCAGGAGAGAUAGCCGCCGAGCCCAGCGUCAUGACCACCGAGAUCCUGAACCAAGGAAGCGACCGCAUGCAAAGGUGGUACCGGAGCUUCCGGGCGAUUUGGUUUGUGCAAAGAAGCCCUCCGCUCCGGAAAGAUAUCUAUAAUAUCGUACCACCUGAGAUUGGAAUGGCUUGAGUGGGCCGGAAUAAAGUGGCCCGAUUUCGUAUUCCGAUACAUCCACACAAUAUGAGAACGAAUAAGUUGUCGGCGGGGAACUAGGGUUGAGUGAUAUCGCCCCUGUUUUUCCUCAGCUUCCUUUUCCCCGAGGGGUUUCCCGGUUUCCUUGGGGGAACCAAGGGAAUUUUAAGGAAAAUCAGCAAGUGUGGUACGCCAUUGUUUAUACUCGGGUACCCGGUUUCCUCAAAUCACCCGAAAUCCACGAACUAGAGUUGAAGUACAAGGGACCACGAGCAGUGCCUCUCUUGCACAUAUCAAAAUACCCAGGGUUCCCUCUUCCGUACAUCCCAGUCGGUCAAUCUUAGCCGCGCUCUACUGUGCUCACUUGGUGGUCCUAUAGAGCAAAAACAUUGAUUGGAAGCCCAUGUUUCUGAUCUGAAAUGGUCGCUUAACCAGGCGUGGGUGCACGCGUGAGGGCGGAUACAGGCUUCACGGAUUAACGCGUUUUAAGGGAUGCCGCUUGUUCAGACAUACGGCAGGUAUGAAGUGGCCUACGGUAGACUGACUCAUCUGAUUGUUUCACCAUGUAGAAACCCCAUCCCCAGGCCUCACCAAACUCAGCAUGAUAGACUGGUUCUCUACGGUAGAGAGAUUCCACAUCGGGCUCGGGUUACUCGAGUACAGCGCUCCAAGCCGAGUGUCUUGCACAGGAGGAUCGAAGCGUUUUGGGAAUCGUGUCGGUUUAAGCGUUUUUUUUUUCUUUUUUCUCUCUCUCUUUCCUUUUUUGCAUACCGAUAGGAUUUGUGGGUAGGUGAGAGAGGGAGGAGGAGGUCUUGGAUUACUUUUCGGAGAUUUUUAGGCUCAAAUUUCGGAUAUUGGAAUAGCUGUGCG